GUGUAAUUCAGCACUGAAAUCGUGUAUACUGAUGUCAAAAAUUAAAUGACAAACUUAAGUAACCAUUGUGACUCAUCAUAAUGGGAUAUUUGAAUAUUUUUAAGUCAUCCUCUUUGUUAACUAGGCCAUAUUAAGAAAUAUUUAUAUAAUUUUAUAAUUUAGAGGUAUUUGUUCUAACCAUAUAAAAACAGUGUCAUCCACUGAUGCCAAUUUCUUGAACAAAAUCAAUUCAAUUCAAUUCAAUUCACAUUUAUUUGUAUAGCGCUUUUCACGAUACAUAUCGUUUCAAAGCAGCUUUACAGAGGUAAAACAGAAAAGCAAAUGGAGAAUAAUUAGCAUAGCUGCUGUUCAUAACAUUAAGCAAAGAUAGUCAUGUGCAAUUGAUCUGAUAUGAGAUGGAUUAUGUGAAUGCUUGGCUGAAGAGAUGUGUCUUUAAUCUAGAUUUAAACUGGGUGAGCGAGUCUGAGCCCCGAACAUUAUCAGGAAGGCUAUUCCAGAGUUUAGGAGCCAAAUGUGAAAACGCUCUCCCUCCUUUAGAGGACUUAGCUAUCCUAGGUACAACCAGAAGUCCAGAGUUUUGUGAUCUUAAAGAGCGUGAAGGAUUGUAGGGCGAUAAAAAGUCGGUUAAGUACACAGGAGCUAAACCAUUUAGAGCCUUAUAGGUCAUUAGCAGUACUUUAUAAUUGAUACGGAACUUAAUAGGUAACCAGUGAAGAGAUGAUAAAAUUGGUGUUAUAUGAUCAUAUUUUCUUGACCUGGUAAGAACUCUAGCAGCUGCAUUUUGUACCAAUUGUAGCUUGUUUAUUGAGGAAGCAGGGCAACCAGCUAGUAAUGCAUUACAGUAAUCUAGUCUAGACGUCAUGAAAGCAUGAACUAACUUUUCUGCAUCUGAAACAGAUAACAUAUUCCGUAUCUUAGCAAUGUUUCUGAGGUGGAAGAAGGCUGUUUUUGUAACAUGAAAUAUGAUUUUCAAAGGACAAGUUGCUGUCUAAUAUAACACCCAGGUCUUUAACUGUCGAGGAUGGAGUAACAGUACAUUCUUCUAAAUGCAAAUUGUAGUCUGAGAGAUUCUGUGUACAGGUUUUUGGCCCAAUAAGUAAUACUUCAGUCUUAUCUGAAUUUAAUAGAAGAAAAUUACUAGUCAUCCAAUGUUUUACUUCUUUAACACACUCUGUCAGAUUGGAUAAUUUAGAGUUUUCAUCUGGUUGUGUUGAAAUAUAUAAUUGAGUAUCAUCGGCAUAGCAGUGGAAACUAAUUCCAUGUCUUCUUAUAAUAUUACCAAGUGGCAGCAUGUAUAUUGAAAAUAGCAGAGGGCCUAACACAGAUCCUUGAGGCACUCCAUAAUUUACUAUUGUUAUCUUAGAUUUUUCCCCGUUUAAAUAAACAAAAUUGUGACGGUCUGAUAGAUAUGACCUAAACCACCGUAAUGCCUGUCCCUGGAUACCAGUGUAAUUCUGUAGUCGAUCUAGGAGUAUUUUAUGAUCUAUAGUGUCGAACGCAGCACUGAGAUCAAGUAACACUAGUAUUGAGAUACAGCCUUGGUCAGAAGCUAGAAGUAAGUCAUUUGUAAUUUUAACGAGCGCAGUUUCUGUGCUAUGAUGAGACCUGAAUCCUGACUGAAAUUUUUCAUAGAUAGCAUUUUUUUUGCAGGAAGGAGCACAAUUGGACCGACACCACUUUUUCUAAUAUUUUCGAUAUAAAUGGAAGAUUUGAAAUGGGUCUGUAAUUUGCCAAUACAUUUGGAUCUAAUUGUGGUUUCUUAAUGAGAGGCUUAAUAACUGCUAACUUGAACGGUCUUGGAACGUGACCUAGAGAUAAAGACGAGUUAAUAAUAUUGAGAAGAGGCUCUUCUGCUACAGGUAACAAUUCUUUCAGUAGUUUAGUGGGUAUUGGAUCUAAUAAACAUGUUGUUGGUUUAGAUGCUGUGAUAAGUUUAUUUAGCUCUUCCUGUCCUAUAGUUGUAAAGCACUGCAACUGUUCUUGAGGGACGAUAAUUGAGGCUGAAUCAUAGUCAUACGGUGCGAAGCGUCUUGGAGAUGUUCUCCGACAGAAGAUCAGCUCCGAUUUUCUGUCGGAGAACAUCUCCUUUUUUUUUUUCAAAUCCUUUUUUUUUUUUUUUUUUUUUUUUUUUAAAGCAAGUAGGCUAUGACACCCAUAUAUAAAACCCAUGCGGGGCCCUUAUUGACAUCAUGUUGGCUAAUAUUUUAUUAACUUGUUACUCUCUGUAUUAAUUGAUGCUCUCUAUGAGGACUGAACACAUUCAUUAAGCAGUGUUGUGUCAAUGGAAAACAGCUGACAGGGACUGACACUGCAGAAGAUCAUAGACUAGACACAUGAUGUCUGUUAUCAGCCAACAGCCUUUGAUUAUACUGAUAAGGGGGGGAAAAAAUUACCACAGAUUCAAAAUACCAGUAAGAAGGACAGAAAUUUAACAAAACUUUUGUCAUGCAAGUAUUUUGUCAUUUAGGUAACCUAAAUAUGUGCUUUACAUCUAGUAUAAAUCUGUAUAUAGUAUACAUCUAUAUAAUAGUCAACUAAAUAUGUGGUCAAAUCUAACUAGUUUUGUUCAUGUAAAAAAUUAUUUAUGACUGAAUAUGAUAGGUAGAUAUAUUCGUCUGGGAACACCCACCUCUGGCACAGAGUGUUAAUCUGAGGAAUGAGGAAGCAGUUUGUUGUAUGUUUCAGAAAAUUGCCCCAAGGGUUUAGCUGACUUAAUUAAUUUCUAUGGACUAGACUAGAGAGAACUGCCAUAAUCCAGCAUUAACUGACCUUAAAAAUCAGCUAAAAAGGCAUCUUUAUUUUCUACUGUUUGUAAAAUCAGCUUUACAGUGAUCUGCAUAGCGUUUUAUUAGGGAUGAUGUAUUUAGCCUAGUUAAUAGUUUAGGGGUUUGAAACAUAUCCCACUCAAAUUAUGAAUUAAAGGUCUAUAUCUAUGUGGUUUAGACUUUAGAGUACGUAAUUCCAGUGUGUGUACUUUUAACUAACAUUUUAGAGAUAAAUAAUUUGCCAGUCAGCCAAGAACGCGCAACACUGACAUCUGGUGGUCAAAUUGAAUGAGUUCAUAUUUAAGGAAAUAUGAAAACGCUUCUGGCAAAUUUCUUGUUAAAAACGUAUUUAAAAAAAAAAAAAAAAAAAAAAUACUAUAUAAUUUCUGGGAAUGUUUUUACAGUAAUUGGUAAGCCCACGUCAACAAAAUAAAACCUGGUCAAAUUUCGUUUUUCUGUUCUGUUGUGAGCUGGUUGUCAUGACACCGUUCAACACAUGAAGUGCGAACAGAGAUGGAGGUUAUAUUCUGUUGCUGCAGUCACUAUUAUAAAUAACAUGUCAUCCACUGUCUCUAAUGCGUCCAUAGUGGAUAAACUAAUCGAAGAUGAAGCAGAAAGAGAGAUUCUGCUCUCCAAACCAACAUGUUUUAUCAUCAUUGGAAAACCAGGUGUUGGCAAAUCUACGCUUGCCAGAAAAUUAGCCAAGGCUUGGAAUUGUAUCCUCAUUGAUGAUACAGAUCUUCUUAACAGCCACAUUAACAAUGAGACUGAACAAGGUAUACAGUUCUUUAAGAUUCUGGCUGAAGGAAAAGCUGUUCCAGAAGAGAUGAUGGUCCAGUUAAUUGUUGACCGGCUCAAGUCACCUGAUGUAGAACAUUACGGUUAUGUCCUGGCCUGUUUGCCAUCAAUGUCAGAGGAGUACCUGAAGAUACAGGAGCAAAUAGACCUGAUUAAAAGCCUCAGACUGCCACCAGACUUCAUCAUCAACAUCAAGUGUGCUGACAGAGACCUGAUCCGCAGACUGUCAGAUGAGCGUCAACAUCCAGAGACAGGCCGUGUGUUCCACAGGGAGAAGUGGGACCCUGUGAAGAAAGAGACAGUCAUUAAAAGAAGUAGCAUAGAUCAUGAGGAAGAAGAAGAGGAAGAAACAGAGGAUCUGGAGGAAGAGAUGGAAGAGAUAGAGCUACAGAAAGACAUGAUCACACAGCUAGUAAGAGUGAGCGAGAAUUACCCAGAGAACGCCAAGAGCAGGAUCAUGCGCUAUAAGGACACCAGCCUCAGGCCUCUAGAGGACUACAUGGCAGAUCAUAAUCCCCCAUAUUUAUUUGAGCUGGAUGGAAACAAGGAUCCAGAAGAGCUCUUUGAGUCAGUAAUGUCCCGUUUGGAGUCCAUGGCUGUGAGGUGUCCAGCUGUGCCUGUGCGUUUGAUGCCGAUAGAGGACCCAGAGCUUGAUGAUCAGAUGGACCUGGAGGAGCUCUUUAGGACUCUGUCUUCCUGUAGGAAUGUUGCACCUGGCUUUCAUUGGCGAAGGAGUCGAUGGUCCUGGAACUGUCCGGUGGAACUCAAAGAGGGCAGGAUGGUCAAGGGCAGACAAGAGUUCGCCGUUGGCUUCAUGGAUAAGAUCUACAUCCUGUCAUCUCAAAAUGCUCUGCAGAAGUUCAUGGCGAACCCUCGAUGCUACCUACUGCCGCCCAUACCCCACUUGCCUUGCAGGGUGUCCAUGAUCGGCCCGCGAUGCUCAGGAAAGAGCACAAUGUGUGCACUGCUAGCCGAACAUUAUGGGGCUGUAGUGGUAGAUGUUGAGGCGCUGAUGGAACGUACACUGAGUAUGUUUAAAAAAGACAUGUUGGACAAAGUGCGUCACGAUGCCACCCUUGCAGGCUUGGAGAAGGUCCGAGCCAAGAUGCAGCUUGAGGCUACACAUGCAUCAGGCAAUGUGACAACCAGUGAGGGAGAGUCUGAUGAAACUUACUCAGCAAUAGAGGUGACAGAAGAUCAUCCAGAUGUUCAGGCUCUUGUGGAGGAAGCUAUGAAGGAAGCAGCUGAGUCUGCAGUCACAGCUUCACGGGAGCUUCAUUUGGAGGCCCUGGAGAAGCACAUAAGAGAGAUUGAGGCUGAAGAUGUGGAUGCUGAAUAUAAAAGGGGAUGGAUACUGGACAACAUUCCCAGCAGUAGAUCACAACUGAUCACCAUUGAGGAACUACAUGGUGCUGUAACACCUGAAGUCCUAUUCUGUCUGCAAGACAAUGAUGGACAGGGAAGGACUGUACUAACCAGGAUGUAUGAACAGAAUAAAGAAGAGGUGGAUCGAGCUGUGCUGGCUCGCCUGAAGAAAGAAAAAAAACUGCAUAAGACACAAGACAAUCAUGAGACACUGAAAACGACUGAAGCCUUAAAGAAAGAUUUGCAGCCUACUGACACCCAGUCCAAACUAGAGACAUUGCUUGAGGAGUCAGAGAUUUCUGAUAAGUCUGAUGAUGAAGGCAAAAGUUUAAAUGAUGAAGAGGUGGUGCUUCCAGCGGUGUGGGAAAACGGUUAUCCUGAUGGCCCAGAGAUGGAGGCCUUUAGUGUGCAGCUGAAGCAGUUUGUGGCAGAUUGGGAAAGCAUGGAGCACACCAUCACCUGCAACUAUGCAAUACUGGACAUCAGCAACAAAACACCUCAGGACAUCCUCCUAGAGAUGAUUUACCAUAUGGAGAAGCCAUUUAAGUACACAGCUUUGAGUAUAUCUAGUGCAGACCUGGAGGAGGAGGAAGAGGCUAUACAUGUGCUGGUACAGGCUGAGAAACAAGAUGAUGUUAAUGAAGAGGAAGAACAAGAAUCAGAGGAGGAAGUCAGCUUCAAGAGGCAGCUGGGAGACACAAAGCAUUUUUGUCCAGUGGUGCUAAAGGAGAGGGGUACGCUACAACCGUGUCUGGACGAUUAUGCUGCCAAAUACAGAGACAAAGUCUAUUAUUUCUCCAGCACAGAGGCACAAGAAUUGUUCGUACAGAACCCUGAACUCUACACAUCUAACACACAACUGUUAAAGCCACCUGCGCUGCGUGUCUUCAUGCUAGGAGUGAGGGGCUCCGGGAAGACCACCUAUGGGAAGUGGCUUGCAGAGCAGCUGGGAGUCUUCCACAUCCAGUUCCGAGAGCGACUACAGGAGCUGAUCCUACGGAAGACCCAGAAACAUGUGUCAUAUGCAGAUGAUUCUGAACCCCCUGAGGAACCUCCAGAGGAGCUGCAGGGCCUGCUGGAGGCUCAGGCCCAGGGUCAGAGCACAGAAUCCCCUCCAGACCAGGAUGACAAGACCAGUCAUGAGGAUACUGCAUCUGAUAAACCUGACACAAAUGAAGAACCAGCAUUGACUGAUGAUGAGGAGGCCAUAAAGGCAUACCUGCAGGAUGGAGAUCCUCUCCCUCCGGAGAUACUGGAAAUGGUUUUAUUACAGUGGUGGAACCAGGAACCCUACAAAUCCACAGGGUUUGUUUUGGAGGGAUUUCCCCAAAACCAAGAGGAGGUGUCCUUCAUGGUGGAGCAUCACUUGUUUCCAGAUAUGGUGGUAGUGAUGUCAGUAGAGGUGUCUGAGGUGGUGCGGCGUCUCCUGCCUUCACGCCUCACGUGUUGGAGAGAGAGACAAAAGCGCAGCCAAGAACAAAAGCGUCUGGUCAUUAAGCUGCGGAGUGAACUCAGGGAGCAGGCCAUUACCAAGAGAAGAGCUGAGCUUAUGGCUGAACGUGCAACCAAAAAACCCAGCCCACUCACUAUGAAGCCCCUCAAAGAACAGGAGGAUGAGGAUGAUGAAGAGGUGCAAGAAGAAGCAGAGGCAAUGGACGAAGAAGAGCAGGAAUGGGAGGAAAUGGAGGCCAUGCUCCUAGAGGAGUUUCCUCCUGUGGAGGAAGAGGAGGCAGAGGAUGAAGAAACAGAAACUAGUGCAGAAGAGAGGCUGGAGACAGAGAUAAGUCAGAGGUUUGAGAAGGAUGAUAACAACCUCACCAGUAUGACGGACUUUUUAACAGACAACCAAAUCCCCCGUCUGGUUAUAAGCACAGGCAGUUUGCCUCGGAUUGUGAGGUAUCAGCUCCUACAGGGAAUCAAACCUCUGAUGGUAAACAGAGACUCACUCUUUCAAAUGUGUCAGCCAAUCAGCUACAGUCUUGCCAGAAGACUCCUGUAUUGCUCCUUUAAAUAUCCCAGUGCCUUCGGGUGCUGGGAUCCUGUUAAGUAUGCAGAAGGAGAUUUGAUCCAGCCUCCACAGGGCCCUUUCAAUGCCACAUUCCCUGUCAUCCUACAUCAGUUCGUCUACUUCUUUGCCUCCAGGGAGACACGCAACACCUUCAUCCUCAACCCAAUCAAAUAUCUACGUCAACCAAAGCCCAAUCCUUCCCUUCCCAUCAAACUGGCUAUCAUUGGCCCACCCAAAGCAGGCAAAACCACAGUCGCCCGAGUGUUUGCACGCGAGUACGGUCUCGCUCGACUCUCAAUUGGAGAUGCAAUACGUAUGGUGAUCAACAACCAGUCCAAAACUGAACUGGCUUAUCAAGUGCAGAAGCAUUUGAACCAGGGCCUGACCGUUCCUGAUGAACUAGCUAUCCAGUGCUUGGAGGUGGCAGUAAUGAGCCUGGUCUGCAGCACUCGUGGGUUUGUGUUGGACGGCUUCCCUGUGACCAAGCAUCAGGCUGAAUUACUGGAAUCCUGCAGCAUUAUUCCUAUGCUAGCGAUUGAACUGCAACUGGACACAGCAGAAGUGCUGAGGAGAGGCCUGAAAGACAGGGGAAAAAACAAUAGGCCUUACCCAAUGCAUGACAGCCCCCAGGUCCUAAACAUUCGCAACUCUUGCUUCAGACGUGAAGUUGAAGCUCUUAGGCAACACUUCCACCAGCAGUAUCACAACUGGACUCCCAUUGAUGCUCACAAGAGCAAGUGGUGGGUAUGGGAGCGAGUUUUAGAUGAAGUUCGCAUAAGCAUAAGGCACAGUCAUGCUUACCUGGAAAGAAUUCACAAAGGCCAGGCAGCCUGUAUAAACAGACUGUGCAUUACCCCAAGAGAGCUGCAGUCUCGGCUGGGCGAGUUUGGGCAGUACUGCCCAGUUAGCUUAGCUCUCCAUCGCCAUCUGGUGGACUGUUCACAUAAUACCUCACUUGAAUUGGCUGCAGAGUUCAGGGGCCACUUCUACAAAAUGGCCAGCAUGGAGUUUCUAGAGAGAUUUUUAGAGUCUCCGGAACAGUUUGUGGUUCCAGGUUGCCCUUACGCACUACCCCCUCCUCCACUCCUGCCUCAUAAGCUCAAUGCAGGCCAGGUGAAGAGCAGGUUCCCUCAACAGGUGGAGAUGAAGGGUUUCUGCCCCGUCACUUAUCUAGAUGGUCAACAGAGGUAUGAGGCCUUGGUGCGUGGGAACAUGGAAUAUGCUGUUGAGUAUCAAAAUAGGAUCUAUAUAUUUGAGAGUGAGAAGAAACAAGAGCAAUUUCUCAAGUCACCUGAGAUUUACUGGGACCAGAAACUUCCACAUAAACUACCUCCGUUGGAAGAUCCGGUCUUACUAACCUCUUUACCGAUCAUGGGCUAUUUGGAACAAAGUGUGGCAGUACCCAUAAUCAAAGCCAUGACUGUUGUUGGUCAACUCAAGCCCAAGUUCCCCUUUCUCAGUGUGAAGAGAUCUGCUUUAUUGUACCUGGCCUUUCAUCUGAAAGCAUUCAACACCAGGAACCCGGACUAUAUUCGACAGAAGUACAAAAAGAAACUUCAAAAGUUUGAAGAAGGCUGUGAGCUCAUCUCAUACCUGGGUACGACCAUGAAGAUGUACAGAUCCCCUCACAAUCUGCCCCCAGAUUUUGCACAAAAGCUGGACAGGUUUCUGGCCCUAGAAAAGUCCACCAAAACAGCCUCAGGUCUGAUACAGCUUGGGGGCAGUUGAAACAACUUCAAAUAAUAAAAACACUGAGUCAGCACAUCACAGUAUUUGAUCAGUGUUGGUUGACAUUACAUUAGAAAAGUUUCCAUGUAUACAUUUUGCAAACACUUUGUUCUAUUCAAUUGACAAUGAAAUAAAUGGGCACAAUAAAUGUUUUAAUUGAUUUUGUUUUCAA